CCGUUCUGCCCAGGGGCCUCCCCAGCACCUCCCCGCCCUGCCCAGCAGUCACCACCCCCCCAGAGGGCACAGGCUUUGCUGUGCCUCAGAGCAAGAGAGCAGUGCAGGCCGGGGACCUGCAAGCCACAGUGGCUGCCCUUUGCGUGCUGCGAGGUGCGGGACUCUGGGCAGGAAGCUGGCUGAGCCCCAAGACCCCGGGGGCCAUGGGCGGGGAGCUGGUGCCGGGCCUGGGGGCCCUGCGGCGGCGAAAACGCCUGCUGGAGCAGGAGAAGCGGCUGGCCGGCUGGGCACUGGCACUGGCGGGAAUCGGCAUCGGACUCAUGGUCCUGCACGCGGAGAUGUUAUGGUUUGGGGGGUGCUCGUGGGUGGUCUACUUGUUCCUGGUUAAAUGUAUGAUCAGCAUUUCCACGUUGUUGCUCCUAUGCCUUAUUGUGGCCUUUCACGCCAAAGAGGUCCAGUUGUUCAUGACGGACAACGGGCUCCGCGACUGGCGUGUGGCGCUGACCGGGCGGCAGGUGGCGCAGAUCGUGCUGGAGCUGGUGGUAUGCGGGCUGCACCCAGUGCCUGGGAGUGGCCCGCCGUGCACGCUGCGUUCCAGGUCCCAGCAGACAGCGGUCACGCAGUCCUGGCCGGGCUUCCUGGGCCAGGGGGAGGCAGUGCUGUCACUGGUCAUGCUGCUGCGCCUCUACCUCGUGCCCCGCGCCGUGCUCCUGCGCAGCGGCGUCCUGCUCAACGCCUCCUACCGCAGCAUCGGCGCGCUCAACCAGGUCCGCUUCCGCCACUGGUUCGUGGCCAAGCUGUACAUGAACACGCACCCCGGCCGCCUACUGCUCUGCCUCACGCUUGGCCUCUGGCUCACCACCGCCUGGGUGCUGUCGGUGGCCGAGAGGCAGACUGUUAAUGCCACCGGACACCUUUCAGACACACUGUGGCUCAUCCCCAUCACAUUCCUGACCAUCGGCUAUGGGGACGUGGUGCCGGGUACCAUUUGGGGCAAGAUUGUCUGCCUCUGCACUGGGGUCAUGGGGGUCUGCUGCACGGCUCUGCUGGUGGCCGUGGUGGCCCGGAAGCUGGAGUUUAAUAAGGCAGAGAAGCAUGUGCACAACUUCAUGAUGGACAUCCAGUAUGCCAAAGAGAUGAAGGAGUCAGCCGCCCGGGUGCUUCAAGAGUCCUGGAUGUUCUACAAACACACGCGCAGGAAGGACUCCAGACCUGCCCGCAGGCACCAGCGCAGGCUGCUGGCCGCCAUCAACACGUUCCGCCAGGUGCGGCUGAAACACAGAAAGCUCCGGGAACAAGUGAAUGCCAUGGUGGACAUCUCCAAGAUGCACAUGAUCCUGUGUGACCUGCAGCUGGGUCUGAGCAGCUCACACCAGGCCCUGGAGAAGCGGAUUGACGCGCUGGCAGGGAGGCUGGACACCCUGACCGAGCUGCUUAGUGCGGCCCUGGGGCCCCGGCAGCUUCCAGAACCAAGCCAGGAGGCCACGUAGCUGGACCCACGGAGGAAGAACCAGACUACUUUCUCCAGGACUGAGGUCAAGGACAUUUUCCCUGCUACUCCUGACGCAGCCCCAGGCAGAAAGCACCUCAAGUGUGAGGAUCUAAGGGGGCCCCACCUUGGGGUGGGCUGACUUGCUGCUGGCUGCCGGAGGGGACACUGGCUGAAGGAGGGAGGCCAUGGCCCAACCCCCACCGAGGCCCCAAAUGGGAAAAUGGUCACCCCUACCCCAAUACCCUCGACAAAAACACCCUCACUCUGCUGCUACAGACGACCACCUGCUUUCAGUGAGACGUGGAGUUGCCUGGGAGCUGGGACUCCUGGGUCCCAGAGGAGGAGGGGAGUUGGGGUGUCCAGGAUCCUGGGCUGCCCCAGUCACCCGCUGGCCGGCAGAGCCAAAGGAACCAGGCCUGAGGCUGGGAUGAGGUGGGAGGCAGCGUUCCCUGGUGGGAGAGCGAGGAGGACACCAUUUUUCCAGAGCAGCAGAUAAUUACCUGUCUGGAUAAGGUGGACUGGGGGGUGGAGGGUGCAUUAUUUGUAAUAAAUGUAAAAGUCAGAAGUUACUGUUUCUUUCUAAACAUAACCACACUCCAAACAAGUAGGUCGGCCACUGAAAGGCCCUUGCCCUCUCUUAACCUGUUUCC